CAAGCCCUGCGAGGACGAACUCCCAAAACCCUAUAAAUCGUGGACCAGUCUUCUCGGCCACUUCUCCGUCUCUCUUCCGUUCUCCGACCAUGAUCGGUGUUGAGGAAUCGAAGGCGCUCUUUACGUUGCUCAACGCUGAUAACCGGCCAUUCGAUGAGAUCUCGAUGGAAUUCUGCUCCAGCUUCCCCCGGGACGCUCGCUUCCGAGCUUGCGUUUCCCUUGCUGCUCUCCUCCUUGAGGAGAAGAAGCUGCUUAAACCCAGUCAGCGGUUGGUUGCAUUUGCUAUUCUACACCAGGCUUAUUCCUCUCAGCAGUCGGCAUCUAACCCUUUUAUCUCUGAUCUUGUAAAUGUUGCUACUGAUGAUGCAUCAGAUGAUAUUGAAAGAACCUUUAUUCAACUAUUGUUGGGAUCUUCUGUAGCAACCAAUAACAAAGAGGUAUUGAAACAAUCGGCUACAGAUUACAUCAAAGGGUUUGAUUCUUCAUCAUAUGUGCUAUUACCUAGUGAUCAGUUGCGGAAACAAUUUUCUGAAAAAUCUCAGCCAGAGUCCUACACUAGUAUGUUUAAAUCUGCAGCUGUCAAAUCUGCAAUACCUGACCCUGAUGUGCCUUGUGAUGCUGAUUCAAGUUCAUCAGAACCGUCUUUCGUGCCACCAGGAGUGAAGCCAAGAAAUGGCGACGGAGACCAAGAUGCUGCUAUCACUGGAUUGUUGCAGAAUUUAUCUCUGGAUGGACUGGAACCCCAGUGGAUAAGGCCUCUGCCACCAAGGCUUCCAGUGCUAGAUGGAGAGCUUGUGUGGCUCAACCCUGAUAACAACCAUGAUUUGAUGUGGGAUUAUGGAAUGUGUGCUGACACCAGUCGUGGUGCUGCUGUGAAAGAUUUAAUAGCGAAAGCGUUGAAAGGCCCACUUGCACCUGCGCAACAAGAGCAAGUUCUUGUUGAACUAGCGAAUGCCAAGCUUGUCUAUCAUUGUGGCCUUACUCCAAAAAAGCUACCGGAACUUGUAGAGUACAAUCCAAUUAUAGCGGUUGAAGUUCUGAUAAAGUUAAUGAAUUCUUCAGAAAUUGAAGAGUAUUUCACAGUACUUGUAAAUAUGGACAUGAGUUUGCACUCAAUGGAAGUUGUAAACAGACUUACAACUGCAGUUGAGCUCCCUACAGAAUUUGUGCACAUGUACAUCACAAACUGUAUAUCAUCCUGCGAAAACAUUAAGGAUAAGUAUAUGCAGAACAGGCUGGUGCGAUUGGUAUGCUUCUUUUUACAGAGUCUUAUCCGGAAUAAGAUCAUCAAUGUGCAAGAUCUUUUCAUUGAAGUCCAGGCCUUUUGCAUCGAGUUCUCACGAAUAAGGGAAGCAGCUGGCCUGUUCAGGCUGCUCAAGACUUUGGAAUGAUGUGCCCGUACUUGUGUUUUCCUGUCGUCUGCCAGUAGUGUUGUUUAUUCUUCUUGUAUCUAGUCUAUAUUAAGACAAUUGUAAGCAUGAUGUUCAAACUUAGUGACAUGGAUUUAAUUUCUUAGUCUUGCUUAGGUAUCCUUGUGCGCUAUUAAUUUCCUUUAAUUUUACUUUUAUUUUCUUUU